CCAAGGAAACACUCUCAUUAUAACAUGUGUGAUGGGUUUCUAUCAGUCUUUUAACUAGAACAGCAUUUUUACAUCAGCUCAGGGCUUCUGAGGAGAACCUCCACCUUUAAUUUUCUUUUUUUACCGUAGUGGAUUGUGCCAAACUAUAAGGUCCAGAAUGAUCGCCGAACCCAACUGUUCUUCAACGGAUUCCUCGGCAUCAAGAUGCAUCCAAGAUCUUCUGUGCAACACAACACUAGUGUUGAACCUCAGUGAGGUGGAAAUGGAAGAGUUCUGCCUCAACCAGGACGAGUAUCUGGAGAAAUAUCUGGGGCCUAGACGUUCCCCAGUGUUUCUGCCUGUGUGCAUCACCUACCUGCUCAUCUUUUUGGUGGGAGCGGUGGGAAACAUUCUUACGUGCAUCGUCAUCGCUCGCAACAAGGUCAUGAGGACGCCCACCAACUUCUACCUGUUCAGUUUGGCAGUUUCGGAUCUGCUGGUGCUUCUUCUGGGAAUGCCUUUGGAGCUCUACGAAAUGUGGAGUAACUAUCCAUUCCUUUUCGGCAAAGGCGGCUGUUACUUUAAGACCUUCCUCUUUGAGACCGUUUGCUUUGCCUCCAUCCUGAAUGUAACAGCGCUGAGCGUGGAGCGCUACAUAGCUGUGGUCCAUCCGCUCAGAGCCAAAUAUGUCGUGACACGCACUCACGCCAAACGGGUGAUCUUGAGCGUGUGGAGCGUGUCUGUUUUGUGCUCCAUUCCCAACACCAGCCUCCACGGUAUCUUCACCCUCCCUCUUCCCAAAGGGAAAGGAGUAGGCGCCAUGUCCACCUCCGCCACCUGCAUGCUGGUCAAGCCACGUUGGAUGUACAACCUGAUCAUCCAAAUCACCACUCUGCUGUUUUUCCUCCUGCCCAUGCUGACCAUCAGCGUGCUGUAUUUGCUCAUCGGCAUGCAGCUAAAACGCGAAAAGAUGUUGCAGGUCCUGGAGGCAAAAGCAAGUCUGGGACAAGACAGCUCCUCUAAUGUACGCAGUCAGCAGCAGAAAACACGUCGCCAGCAGGUCACUAAAAUGUUGUUUGUCCUAGUGGUCAUGUUUGGCAUCUGUUGGGCUCCGUUCCACACCGAUCGACUUAUGUGGAGCUUCAUGGACCAGAAGAGCAGUGAACACAUAAAGAUUUUCCAGAUCUAUGAAUACGUCCACGUCAUCUCCGGGGUCUUCUUCUAUCUGAGCUCGGCGAUUAAUCCGAUCCUCUACAACCUCAUGUCCACCCGUUUCAGGGAGAUGUUUAAAGAGGUGAUGUGUCACCACAAAUGGCGUCCCGUCCCAAGGAAGCACUCUCUGAGCAUGACGAGGGUUACAGUACGCAGCACCCUGAGUGACGUCCCACCCUGCAACGGCACUGUCACCACUGAAGGAGAAGACUGUGAUAUCGAUGAGUGCCAGGAAAAUAAGACCACCUUCUCAUAAGAAAAGAACUUGUCUUCAUUGUCAGUGCUUUAAAUCAACUCUACAGCUUCGGAAAAGAUGCAUAAAUCCAAUCCCAUAAACGAUAAACUUAAACUUAAAUGAUUGUUGUAUAAACACAUUUGUGUAAAAUACAUGGUUUGGUGAUUUUUUUUAGAUCAAUCAAGUGUUAAUAAUCUGUGACUCAUAUAUUCUCUUUUUUUGUGGCUAAUCAGCAUAUUUUCCAAUGAGCGCAUAAUUGAUGCAGACCAGCUUGUUUUUAAUCCACUGAAAAUUGUCUCAUUAUAAAACCAUUCAGGUUUCUUGCACUGGCUGCCAGUAUCUACUAAAAUUCAUUUCAAGACGACGUUCUUCACUUACGGUGCUGUCAAAGACCGAGCCCCCAAUUAUGUUUGAUCUUAUUAUACAUGAAAAAGUCAAUUUAAAAAUCUGAAUUUCUCAAAUUAGUGUCAUGACACUACAGCCAUUUACAUAAAAUCCUGCAUUAACAAAUUCUGCCAUAUAAAUUGAAGCAAUAGGCUAUUAUAUGAGCAAAAGUUCUGUAAUAUAAUGGCUGUGAUUGAAUGUACAGUAUCAAAGUUUUUACGGUAUUUUCGCCCAUAUGAUAUUGCUAUGAUAUCUAUAGAACAGGUUAAUAAGCAAGACGCUAAUAUUACACAACAUGCAUUGGCAGCUACUUGUCUUAUCCAAACGGUUCCAAAAAAGCAGCGGAAUUGUUGCAUCGAUACAAAGUCCUGGCUAAUAGGCUAAUAGUUUCUGGUAUAAUCACAUAAUAAUUCAAACUGCAAUGCUGAUUGGUUACUUUUUGAAUCAGCAGCCAAUCAUUUUCUACAGAAACCCUCUACCUCCCCAGCUCCUCCUGUGCAGAUCUGCUAUGGGGCGAUUUCAAGUAUGCUACGUAUGGGUUAUUUCGUGUAUAUUAUAUGUGCAGCAGCAGUAUUUCUUACACGCUCAAAGAAGCAUGUUGUGGAUAUAUUGGCUGUGGAGUUCAUUUGCAAAAACAGAUAACAUAACAGUUUUCAAAAAUGAUGUUUCGAUCUCGAUCAAACAGCAUUAGCGUAGCAGACCUAUUACGCCAAGACACUUCAACGUAUAUAUUACCAUGCUAUACAUUUAUUUUGUUCCAGAAUGAAUUUAAAAUCAGUUAAAUAGACAACUGAAUCAAAAGAUCACCACCUACCGGUGUAAAGCGUAAUCUGCAGAAAAAAUCCCCAUCGCUAAUACGCAAUCAGAAACGUUAUUAUGUCGAACUAGACUGAAAAACUCUGUGCAACCAGGAUCGGAUUCAAACAUAAACGGUUGUGUAAAGAUUUGCAAUGAAAUUCGAUAAUAAAAUAUCUAAAAGUAACAUUAGUUAAGCCUAUUGAUAGCGUUCUUUUCUGCGUGUUUUCAGAGUAGCGGCGCAAUCUUCGUGAAUCCGCUGAAUAUUACUUGUGUUUUUGGCUCUAUAGUGCAAGACGUUUCAAUAAUUCAUUUGCCGAGCAACUGAGUGACCUAAAAUAUGGCGUUUCACAUUAGAUAAAGAUAACAAUUUACAUUUUCUUGCAGGCUAACAGAAAGAGGAAUAAGACAGAAGGCUAAUUCAUGCUAAAGGCUGAGGGCAAAUACUGCAGACAUGAACCAUGCACAUCUGACAUGAAGAAAAUGUCAAUGCUAACCGCUGAUCCUUCCAUAUGGAAAUGUUUCUUAAAGCACAUCCAUGACUUGUCAAUGCACAUUAUUUUCAGCAUGGAAACGACCAGCCAUAUAGAGACCGUUUACGCGAUCCAUUUCAUGUCAGUGUAUAAAAAUAAUUCAUAUUCGGCGAUUAUAUAGGUUUACAUGGAACGUUCAUAGACGAUAUACCAGCAAAGCUUUAU